UCUUUCCCUCCGGGCAAAUUCGAGUGGAAGCUGCAAUGAGUUCACUCGCUCGAUCGCUCCGGCGAGCUGCUUCGUCGCCGCCGUCCAGCGCCGCCGUACCGGCGCUGCUGCGUCUCUGCUCCUCGUCUUCUUUCGAGCGCCACUCGGCCGCUUCGCCCGCCGUGGCGUGGAAGCCCGCUGCCACCCCCGGGGCCAGGUCCGCCGAUAAAGCGUCCAGAGAUGGUGGUGGUUCCGGUUCCUCCUCCGCCGCCGCCGUCGAUUGGCCGAGGCCGAGCGAGAUACCGUUUCAGGCCAAGGUCGCCAACUCCGUGACCCUGAUCGGUCGCAUCCGCCUGCCGGUUCAAUCCCGGAACGGUCCCGACGGCAAGCUCUGGGCGGGCACCGUCGUCACCCGCGACGAGUCUCCGGACUCUCCGUCGCUCUGGAUUCCCAUCACAUUUGAAGGUGAUUUGGCUCAUGUUGCGGCUUCACAUCUGAGAGAAAAUGAUCAUGUCUGUAUUGCUGGACAACUGAGCACAAAUCCACCCCCAUUGGAUGUUAACCAGGGUCAGACCAAGGUCCAGGUGAUGGUACACAGCAUUAACUUUGUUGAAGGAUCUUCUCAAUUGAAAAAGAGCUCUGUCUCGCAUAGAAAUGAAAAGUCUACUGGUAGUUGUGCUGUUACACAAAAGUAUGAGGAAGGCCCAUGGAAAGACCUCAUCGAUAAUCCGACAGACUGGUGGGAUAACCGUGACAAUAAGCACCGUGGAUUGGUGAGUCCUAAGUACCCAGAUUUUAAACGGAAGGAUGGUGCUGUUGCUCUCUGGCUUGGUAAAGCACCCAAGUGGGUUUUGCCAAAGAUUGAAGGCCUUCAAAUUGACGCUCAAUUUUGUGGAGCUAAAAUUGCAAAGGAGCAAAAUGGUGAUGAUGCCUGGAAGAGCUUGUUGGAAAACCCAGAAAAGUGGUGGGACAACAGAUCAAACAAGCUUAAGGAAAAGUCCCCCGACUUCAGGCAUAAAGAGACCAGGCAAGGCCUUUGGCUGGAUGGCUUGCCCUCUUGGGUACUAGCCAAGUUGCCUCCGAUUAAAGCUCAUGAAGGUGUGGCUCCAAACAAGAGUAAUAAUGUGCUCUCUUGAUCAAUGCAAGUAGGGAAGAAAUUCAGGAGGAAGUUGAGUCUGAUGACUCGAUUCCUAGUUGGUAAGGCGUACAAAUUAUCAAAGGUUGUUGGAUCAUGAGAAACUUAUGCUUGACAGAUUUGGCCUGUCAUCAUUGCUUGGUCCAGAAGCUGCAUUACAGGUUAUUUAAUAAAAAUAAGAGUUCUUUUGGCUGAAACUGCGGAAAAGGUUUGAAUCAUUGUAGAUUUGGACGUGUGAUGGUAAUCAACGCUGUUAGCUUCCUAUUGAACAAUAGCAUUUCCCUUUUCUCCUCUUGUUCUUUUUUUAUUUUUCUUUUUGCCUAUUGUGUACAUUGGUGAAUAUAUUGAUAUUAAAGAGACAAUUACAUUGGUGAUAAGCGUUAUUCUGGAGGAA